UCCCAGCUGCAGCAGCCACACACACACAGACACACAGAGGGCAUUUACAGACUGCUGCACAAACUCCAGCACAGCAGACACAAACCAAACGCACCUGAACAACAACAUGGACCUGCACAGGACCAGUAUACUAAACCAGAUGGAUUACAGUCGCGACUCUAAGGAAGGAAAGCCGGGGGCUCCGUCCACAGAGGAGCGUCUGGACAGCGGCUUGGACUCUCUGAAGGAGGAGGAGUACCAGGCGGUGGCGGCCGAGAUCCGGCUACUGAAGCUGGACUGUGAGCCUCCACAACACCGACAACAAGCUGCCUCUGUCACCGGAGAACCGUGCGAGUGGAAGACACAGAUCACGGAGGACGGAGACACGCUGCUCCACCUAGCCAUCAUCCACGAGGCCAAGGACUACAUCAGAACUAUUAUAGACCUGUCCAAGAACACAGACUUCCUCAACACACAAAAUGACCAGAGACAGACUCCCCUCCACUUAGCGGUAAUAACGAACCAGGCGGACGUGUGUCAGCGCCUCCUGGUAUCCGGCUGCGACCUCACGCUCGUGGACGACAGCGGGGACACCCCUCUUCACAUCGCCUGUCGCCACGGUAACCUGCUGUGCUUCAGCGUCCUCACACAGAACUAUCAGCCAGAGCAUCUACACACGGUGAUGGCGGCCUGCAACUAUCAUGGUCAGAACUGCAUCCACCUGGCCUCGGUUCAGGGUUUCCUGUCACUGGUGGAGAACAUGGUGGAUCUAGGAGCUGAUAUUAAUGCAAAGGAACAGCGUAACGGUCGCAGUGCGCUCCACCUGGCCGUGGACCAGCAGAAUCUGUCGCUGGUCAAACUGCUGCUGAAGAAAGGAGCAGACCCCAACCUCCUGACCUCCGGAGGCCACACCCCCUUCCACCUCACCUACGGUCGCAGCAACGACGACAUCAGGAAAGAACUGUACUCGCUGACCAAGCCCGACCUGAGGGAGCUGCCCGACAGCGAAUCGGACGACAGCGAGGAAGAGGAGGACGAGGAGUCCGAUGAGGAGGUGGGCUAUGAUGAUAUCCAGUGGAAUGGACACUAGCAGGAAACAAGAGAGGGAGAGAGAGGAAGUUACAGAGGCAGGAGGCUGUGAUUAUGACGGUGAAAAAAAGGACAAGAGAAACGGCUCGGCACGUCUAAUACUUCAUGCGAUGACGUCGCACGAGCCCGACAGCGUGUGUGAAACAGCGCGGGCGUGGCCGAAAACCGAUGGACGAGCAGCCGCAAAGGAGAAUCAGAGACUUUGAUGAGUCCGCUCCAGGCUGCGGGAGAGCAAAACACGCCGAGAUGUGAAUACAUGACGUAUUAUGAUGAGAGGAUUGCUGUAUGAUGAUGAGGAUUGCUUGUAUUCUGUGGAAAUCAUUUGUCACUAAAAAAGAAAAAAACAUCCAACCACACAGAUGUACCUUCAACAGCUCUGUUGUAUGAUAUUGUAAAUGCUGUGUAUACAAAGAUGUAUUUUUUAUGGAAGCUGUGAAUGUGUACAGUUGAGCAGGUUGUAUAUGUCAAGACAGCAAACAGUCCAGCACACUCCAGUUAAAUUAAAGACACUCAUAUUUAACAGUAAAAAA